GGAUUGAUUGAUGUAAGCCAUCGAAGAUAAAAUUGAAGGCAAUGCCAGCACAAUGGUUCACGCCUUUAUUUAAACAGUGUUUCCUGACGUCGGGCGUGUCCCUCAACUUCCUCGCACAUGGCGUGGUCAUGGGGUUCUCUUCAGUGCUCCUACCACAGCUGAGGGAAACGACCGACAUUGACGAAGCGUCGGCGACAUGGAUCGCGUCCAUAUUCGGAUUAUCCCUCAUAGUAGGAGCAUUGUUGGUCACAGUCGUCAUGAACUCAUACGGCCGAAAACCUGUCAAUAUCUCCAGCGCUGCGUUCAUGACCGUAGGAUGGCUCAUCAUCAGCGCAUCCGAGAGUGCACCCAGCCUUUUAUUCGCAAGAUGCCUUCAAGGGUUCUCAAUGGGCCUGUUAGCUAAUAUGGGCAACGUCCUCAUUGGAGAAUGUUGCAGUCCCAAAAAUCGAGGCGCUCUUUUGACAACUAUAUCUUUAGCAAUCAUGUUUGGUGUUUUCCUGGUUCAUUUAUUAGGAACCAUCGUCUCUUGGCAGAGAGUUGCUUUGAUAGCUGCUUUCAUAGCGUUUGUAGACUUGAUAAUAAUCAUUUUAUCACCAGAAUCGCCAAGUUUUUAUGCGAUCAAGGGAAAGUACGACGAGUGUCGGAAAGCAUUCCAUUGGCUACGAGGUCUUUCAGAAGAGGAGGAAUUGGAGAAGCUUAUAAAAAUGAACAUGGCCAGGACAUCAAACGAGGCUAAUAAUGCCAACGAAAGUAUUUCAAAUAAACUUAAGAGGAAUCUAGAUUACCUUAAAGACACUUUGGGUAAACGAGAAGUUUAUAUACCGGUUAUUAUAAUGAUGCACAUGUACGGGAUCGCCCAAUGGUCUGGUGCCGUCACAUUUGACACAUACGCGAAAGAUAUUCUUGAUGUUGUGUUGGGCAAAGAUAUCAAUUUCCCGGCCAUAAUAGUGUCAUUGGAUAUUCAGAGGCUUGUGUCGAAUGCACUAAUAAUUCUAGCUAUUAAAAAGAUGCGAAGAAAGUUGGUCCUUUCAGUGACAAUAUCGGCCAAUGUUAUAUCAUACGUCAGCAUCGCUUUGUACGUUUAUCUGAAGACUUAUGUCUUGAUGGGAUUUGACCACCUUUUCAUAGGAUUGACUUUGGUUCAUAUCCAUAUGUUUACCGUGGUGGUGGGUGCCGUUCCCCUCCCGAAUAUAAUAGCUGGAGAAAUCUUCCCUUUGGAACAUAGAGGUCUCUGUGGAUUGAUAGGGAUUUUGUUCUUCUCAAUCAAUGAGACUAUCAAUAUUAAGUCAGCGCGAUAUUUGUUCGCUAGUAUAGGAGUGGAAGGAGCAUAUUUGUUGUAUGCAGUGUUGGUUGCGUAUUGCUUGACGGUAGCGUGGAUCUUAUUGCCAGAGACUAAAGACCGAGUUUUGAUUGACAUUGAGGAGGAGUUCCGAGGUGAACCGCUGAUUACUGCGGGGUUACUCCGAAAAUCGUUAUCCAAAGAUUCGAAUGUUGCCGUCCCUCUCACGCAAAGCGAGAUGCCAGAAUGA